AUGGACACAUUCACCACCAUCUCCAUCAUUAGCACCACUUCCUCCGAGAGCAGUACAAGCAUCCCAGUAUCAAACGAAACGAGUAACUCAAGUAGAACAUACUGUUUUAUAGCCAACCAGCCUGAGGCAGAGGCUCCUAUGGAUGAGGAGAGGUCUAAUUCAAGUGGGACAUAUUGUGUAAUUGUCUAA